AGUCCAUCCAUUGUUUUGGGCAAAGGAUGGAAAAUAUUUUGCCAUCAUCUCGACAUCCCGCCCUCUCUUCCUUCCCCUUAUCCCGCUGGUUCCGACCUUGCUGCCAGCUGCUGUGCUCUUCGAUGCUCCACGAGGCAGACUAGAUCGUUUUUUUCUUCUUUUUAAUUCACGCCUUUGCGCUUCUUCUCGUCACUCCUUCAGACCACCUUUCCUUUCCCUUUUCGCAUCGAGUCCACUCGUGUUUUGACCGCCCCUCGAACCGGGACCUGCCCCCUCCCCGAUCUCGAGUCUACCGGCCCUCCCGGCUGCGUCCUUUUCCUACUCUAGUUGUAACACUCUUCGAAUCCACCUCGAUCCGCGGUCGCGCAGUUCAGGACGGAAACCUGUCCACAAUGGCGACCUCGGCGCCUGCCUCCAUCCUGGAGCAGAUCCCCAUGCCGACGCUCGAUGCCCCCUUCGGCGUGAAGCUAUGGCCAAUCUUCAACAAGGCCUUUGGGGUCGUCGCCGGCUACCCGGCCGACGACUUCAGGUUUGAGAUCGGGAAGACGCCCAUGUCGACACUCAAGGAUACGGGCAUAUUCAUCGUCAUCUACUACAUCAUCAUCUUCGGUGGCCGCGAGCUGAUGCGCAACCGCGAGCCCUUCAAGCUGCGGACCCUGUUCUUGAUUCACAACUUUUACCUCACCGCCAUCAGCGCCAUCCUCCUGGCUCUUUUCAUCGAGCAGCUCCUGCCCACCGUCGCCAGGCGCGGCCUCUUCUUUGCCGUCUGCGACAUGGAGGGUGGCUGGACCCAGCCCCUCGUUGUGCUGUACUACCUGAACUACCUAACCAAGUACCUCGAGCUGCUUGACACCGUGUUCCUGUUCCUGAAGAAGAAGCCGUUGACCUUCCUCCACUGCUACCACCACGGUGCUACCGCCUUCCUGUGCUACACCCAGCUGAUUGGCUCGACCGCCGUUCAGUGGACCGUCAUCACCCUCAACCUGACGGUCCAUGUCGUCAUGUACUGGUACUACUUCCAGAGUGCUCGUGGCGUCAAGAUCUGGUGGAAGGAGUACAUUACGCGCCUGCAAAUCGCCCAGUUCGUCGUCGACCUCGGCUUCAUCUACUACGCUUCGUACACUUACUUCACCUCGAGCUACUGGCCCUGGAUGCCCAACCAUGGCAAGUGCGCCGGAGAAGAGUUUGCGGCCUUCGCAGGCAUUGCCAGCAUCUCGUCGUACCUGGUCCUCUUCAUCUCUUUCUACCUUGCCACGUACAAGAAGGACAGCAAGCGCCCAACUGCUCGCAAGUCUCUGCGCCGCAUGAGCCAGGCUCCCCUUCCGGACCUGCUCCACGGCGACAGCGCCGCCAACGGCGUGGCCACCCCGGUCAAGUCGAACGGUGUCUCCACGGGCGCCAAGACCAACGGCUCUACUCCCCGCUCCCGCAAGGCCUAAAUCGCCUGGGUGUGAGUGAGUAACUCUCGCCUGCUGCCAAGGAUAGGCAGUGGCGAUGUGAAUAGACGGCUCGACAAGCCGGCGUAAUCGACCAGUUCGGCGGUUGCCUCGUUGUCCUCGACGGCACCUGUACGAGUACCACCGACCUAUGCCCACAAUGACGCACGACGACAUGGCACUCAUCAACACGAGGGUCGACUUCUGUACAUUUUCUUUUUGUUGGGCUAGGACAUUCUGCAUGAGCCUCCUUUCAUGGCCCAGUGACUUUUCACCUCAAAAUUCAAGGCAGUCAGGACGGGUCUGCCUCGGACGAGAAACUACUACUUAUUGUAUUCUCGCCAUCUAAUAGGAGUUCUAUAGGGGAGGGGAGAGCGCAGGAAGCGCCGUACAUGAUGGAUCGGUGGAGGCAGGCAUGAUGGGAAGGGCGAAUGGAAUCUAUCUCAUGACGUACCGACAUUGGUUCCUGUCCGGUUGGGCAUGAUGUUUUUGCUUGAUGGAAGGCGACUCGGCAUGGGUAUGGCUGGACUCGGGGUGACGUCUUAUGGACAUUGGCCUAGCCUUCUGUAGUAUCAUGAGAUGAUUCUGACUC